AUGACAGUCGCCUCCUGUACCUUCAUCACCGUAUACUAUGUGCGUCAGACGAAGAAGGCAGACUGGGAUUCAUACUGGAAAACUCAGUAUCUCUUCCUCCAGGACCGAUUAUCUCCUUUACCCGUCACGGAGAAAUGGGACGAACGAGUGCUCAAUCUCAUGAUCGUGGACAAGGGAGAAAAGAUAGAAAAAGAUGAUCCCCGUCUCCUCCAAUAUAUCAGGGAUUAUUAUGCCGGAAUCAUCGUGGUCAAUUGGCUACAAGUGGAAAGCGGAGAAUUCCCAGGAGGCGUCUACUUCUCUCAAUUCAUCAUUGACGUAUUUUCCCCGCCCCGUCCCGCAUCUUUUGCCUUAGCCUCGGGGGACAUGGUCCUACAAGAAUACUACACCGCCCCCGACAACGUCCUAUACGUGAAGAUUUCGAUUUUCGACCCAACCGACCCUGGGAACAUGGGAACAUACGUGUUCUUGUGCCCAAUCGGAGAAGCGGCCCAUUUCGCCGCGCAUUCUUUCGACAGAACGGAAUUGACGGAUUACUCGCAAGUUCUGCAAGCUGAACUGGACGGAGCGGUAAUGUCGAUAAUGUUCGACUUCGAUGAAUGCGUGGACCCGACUGGCCAACUUGAUCUUUCUGGUUCCACCUUUGGGGCUUACUUCCAAGACCUCUCCAUUUUUUAUAAUGAAGGCCUGGGAGAAAUGAUUUUCGGUUCCGCAUUUGCGAUGACAAGCGAUCCCGUGAGCCUCACCGCCUACGUCUACUACGGAACGGCCAUCACACCGAGCAACAACGCCACCAUCUUCCCAGGCUACUGGCACUUCAACGAAAACGGCGAAUGGGUGAACGACUACGGCGGCGCGAUAUUGGAAUGCUCCCUCGGCGGGGGUGUCAGGAUCAUCAGGGAGGCAUGAGAGUCCAUUCAAAUCCUUUUCGUUCAUUUAUUCAUCCCGCCAAUAUCCGAUAAGAUUUCCUUCUCUAAUUCAUUCUGUGAAUAGGCGGUUCAUGAAAUAAAGUUUGA